AGUUUGCGUUGUGCGUGUUGUGCUGACUGAUGGCUGCUUUGGAAAAUUUUGCGAUAUCAUAAUCGCAUCCUUGUGAAACUCGGAAAUUCGCGAUAAAUAAGUGCCGAAAAAGUGAAUCUCCGAAUCCCAAUCGAUGCCAGAAAUGAUGUAGAUAACUGCGUGUAGGUUACUAGCAGCAGUGGCGCAUUUCAGUUUGCGGUGUCUCCGUUCUGAUGGAAUAGGUAUGUGCAUCAAUGGGAGACAAUGUUCAUCGCCACCAGGAUGCAAUGACUUCUAAUAGCAGCAGCAGCAGCACCAAUCUGACAUCGACCACAGCCGCCACAGGUAAUCAAUUGUCCCCUUCGCCUGCUUACAGCGGCGGCAAUAGCACCACUACCACCACCAGCACUUCCGAUAGCUCAUCAUCUGCUACGGGAGGAGCUGCGGGUGUCGUCAUUGUUAGCACCUCUCCCAGCACUUCCACCGUCGAGCCCCCUCUUGCCCUCUGCGUCCGAAAUAGCUCCGCCACGACCAACAUUACUGAUAAGGUGUCCGAUAACGACAAUGUGGACACUGGCAGCAAGUCGAGCGAUAGUGGAAAUUUGGCCUCCGUGCUAGACGGUGGUGGCAAGCAGCCGUCGGAAAAGGGGACCGAGAAAACCUCGAAAUCUCAGAAGAAUCUAACCGAGCGGGCGAAGAAAACUCCAUGGUAUAAUGUGAUUUACCCGUCGUACAAGUCGCGAACAGAGGAAUUCAAAAAGCUGUUCAAAGAAGUGUCCGAUGACGAGCGUUUAAUCGUGGACUAUUCGUGCGCAAUUCAGAAGGACAUUCUGGUUCACGGUCGGUUGUACGUUACCCAAAACUAUCUGUGCUUCCACGCGAACAUAAUCGUCUGGGUGACUCGGCUCUCGAUCCGCUGGAAGGACGUUACGUCAAUUACCAAAGAGAAGACUGCCCGGGUGAUUCCGAACGCGAUUUCGGUUUGCACCGACAAUGAGAAGCAUUUUCUCACCUCGUUUACUUCGCGCGAUAACACCUAUCUUAUGCUGUUUCGAGUGUGGCAGAAUGCGUUGAUGGAAAAACCGAUUAACCCUCAAGAGCUUUGGCAGUGGGUUCACACUUGUUACGGAGAUCAGUUGGGACUGACGAGUGACGACGAAGAUUAUAUCGAUCCGUACGAUAAGAAUACGGAAAAUUGCGGCACUGCCCCGAUCGCCGGCGAUCAGACUGCGGAGGACAUUAGCGGCACCAGAGACGUCGCCGAACUAUCAGACGAACCGACAACGGCCAUUAUCAUGGUGGCGAAGGAAACAAAACCGAAGAAAACGGCGGUCCACGCCAAGGUGGCCGCCUUCAACCCGGAAAGCAACAUUUCCACUCCCUGGGAGCUCCUCCCCACGGACAUGUCCGUCUCGACCGAGUCCUAGAAGAAGGAGGAGUCACCAGGGUUCGAGUGCAACUCAUUACAUUCCGGGCGGCAGCUGGUGCACACUAUUCUUCCGAUCAACGUUGACAUCCUAUUCGAGCUGCUUUUCUCUAAAUCUAAAUUUUUAACUGAAUUCCACAACACACGUAAAACAACGGACAUGAUCCACGGCGAGUGGAAGGUAAACAAGGACGGACUGAAGGAACGGGUCGUCUGUUUGACUAUUGCCAUCACGCAAACCAUUGGACCGAGGAGUGCGCAGGUAACGGAAACGCAGGUCAUGCGCGAUUGCAGCAAACCGGGCCAGCUUUACUCGAUCGAUGUCAGCGCGGUUCAGGGCGGCAUCCCGUACGCCGAUAGCUUCUACGUGACUCAGCACUACUGCAUGUCCCGCACCAAGGACGACCACACGGUUCUCUCGGUGCACGCUCAAAUCCACUACAAGAAGAAUAUCUUUGGCUUUGUGCGUGGUUUUAUCGAGAAGAACACCUGGGUCGGACUGGAGGACUUCUACAACGCACUGCUUCGUAGUCUACAGAGCGAGUACUGCAUCCCGCCGGCCAAGAGCAAAAGCCGCCGAUCGCGCAAGCCUGCGCCUUCUCAGCACGCCAAGGUUCUGGAGGAACCGGCGGUUCAGCGAAACACCCCACUCCUUCCAGCGGCAGCCGCGGCCAGUGCUUCCACUAAACCACCCGCCCCGCAGACCUUCUUCUCCUGGUUCAUUGUGAUUUUGUUAGUGAUCUUAUUAUCGAUAAAUGUUGCACUCUAUGUUAAGUUGUGGAACCUGGAGGGUGAAAACGAGAGCCUGUUCAGGGGCGACAGCGUGGCCGCAGCCGUUGAUCAGAAAAUUCUUGAAAACCCCCCUCAGACGCACGCCGAUUGGCUCGCUUUGCUGCACGAACAGGAAACCAAGCACGCAAAGGAAAUGAUCAAAUGGCAGCAGAUUUUGCACACGGUGACGGAUCUCCUUAGAAAGGUAAGCAGUAUUUGUGAGAAUAUUCCGACUAAUGUUACUAGUAGUGAUCAGACGCUGCCGCAGUCGCAACAAAAAGCUUUUGGCAUGGAAGAAUUGUAGAGUAUUAUAAUAGCGCACGGUCAUAGUUGUGAAAAGGUAAUAAAGUUUAAAUUUGACUAUAGAUGAUAUAUUCAGACUAGGGAUAAUUAAA